CGCAAGAUAUCUUAUUGCUGUGCAUGCUCUUCCUGCAGCACAUGUGGUGAUUUGAGGGAGCUUUUGGGAGCGCUCCAGCAAGCACAAGUGGUCUGGAGCGGAAGUUCAAACGGGUCGGUCCUUUCCUCCACCAACUUGCGAACCAGAGUUGCUACGCGAGGGCGUUUUCAACUGCAAGUUUGGGGAGAGGGAAUGCCAGUGCGUACCAGGGGUUUGGCAUAUGGGAGUUUUGUGUUUGGAGGGUGAAGAGAGGAUGCGCUGGCCAAGGCAAGUAAUAAGGACCUCGCAAGCCACUGCUGGCUGGGUAAUUGCUGGAGAAGCGGUCUCAGGCGUCUCGAGUGAGUUAGACACGUGAUUAGCUGAUCGGUUACCAGCUUAGAAGGGGAUUCCAGGCAGCCAUAUGCUUCUCCUUGAGUCCCAGUUGAUGGGCCGAUGCAUGAGUAGGCGGCCAAAGUGGCCGUCUGGAGAGGUUGACAUCAACAGCUUUGGGGUGUUUCCCGCUGUCGGAAUGAAGACCAGAGCAAAGGUUGCUGCUGAGCAGAUGUCGUUAAGGGCGACCACAAUCUUGAGGAGCCUCAACAGCCUGAAGAGGAUUCAAGGAAGUGAGGAGCAGAGCAGCAGCAGGAAGGCUAGGAGGCAUGACGAGGGCCACCUUGCUGUUCGCAGGGUGCAGCCUUAUGGGACCAAGAAAGGGAAUGAGAAGCCGGGUGCUGUCAUGCGAGUGGGGCCCGUUCUCAAGUUAGAGAAAGAGUUGCGGGGGCGGACCAUAGUUGUGCAGUUGAGGCUGGAUGGGGGCCAUUUGCAGAGCAAGCCGAGCUGCGGUCAGUUGGGGAGCGUUGCCACGGCCGCGGGAAGUUGCAAGGUGGAUGAGGAUAGGGUGGGGCGGACUUCUUUGUCACCUGGGGGUGAUCCUGGGAUGGAUGCAGGAGUUCCCUUGAGCACCCCAGCAGCAGCAAUCCCACUCCCUAUGCACGUUGACCAGCUAUCAGGGCCAAACAACCAGGAGGAAUCGGGUUUGGGCCAGGGGCAACCAUUGGGCGAGGAUCAGCAGCAUGCGAGGCAUGAGAACUGGGCGCAGACUUCUCAUGCUGAAGCAGCAAUCCAGUUUGGCAGCUCGCAAAGGGAGAUGCAGCACCACGAAUCUGCUCGAGGGGCAGCAGCGGUUGCGGAGCGAGGCGAGCACUCAGGAGUGGGGGCAGCAGGAGUAAACGGCGGGGAGCCAGACAGCUCAGGCCACUCCAAGCUGCGAUCAUGUCGGAGCGGUGGGGGUCAGAACCACAACUCUGCUAGCGAAAACGAGCAACAGGCAGAGAGCAGUGGGCGAGCGAGAGUCCGGAGGCGGCUGUUUGACCCCCCAACCACUGAGGAGCUGGAAAACUUCUUCGCAGAGGCGGAAAGCAGCGUGCAGAAGAGCUUUGAGGAGAAGUACAAUUUUGAUCUUGAGAACGAGUCUCCCUUGCCUGGACGCUUUGAGUGGACUCGCUUGCGGUAGAACCAAUUUGAGCGGUGGGCUGAGUGGCUACUGUACAGACUGCAAUGAUCGCGCAAGUUGCAUACAUAUGGGCGCUCCAAACACGGCUGGAUUAGGUUAUCAACGCUGUCUUGUAUGAUGGUUUCCGGAGGAAGAUUGUAGAUGUGAACAACGGGUAGGUAGUUAGUAGAGGCGGAGCGUAGUUGCGAUUCAUUUGUAUGACAUAGCACUCUUGUUGCAUUGCAUGCCCAAGAGUGUUGUGUCAUCUAGAGGUUCUGAAGGUGUACCAAUACGAUGAUCCUAGAGAUUAGGCCAACGAUAUACAGGUGCGGCCACCGGAAGGUAAUUUGUUAAAUAGAGACGGUUAGGUAGUACCGGUAGUGGCAUCUUGGCGAGCUCUGUGCUCGGUAGCAUCGGCACUUGAUGUUUUCUCAUGGGGACGGAAAGGGUGGUUUUGGUGAGUAAUUUAUCAUGGAUUGGUGGUAGGGGGCUCACAGUGCAGAUCACUAACGUAAGUAGCAAAACAAUCCUCUCGAUUCUACUAAUGGUGGUCGUGCCAUGCUAUUGGCAGAUUUGUACCUGAGCCUUUCAAAAGAAACCGACUCAUCUUACUUCGCGUUUCUCGUGCCUUAUAGAUGUUUGUUUGGUUCAGAAAAUGUCUUUGUAGUGUGGCGAUAUCCCUGUUAGCAAGAUAUAGGUUGUGGUCAAUAACGUUUCCUUCUUAGAACUGUUGCGUAGGCUAAGCCAGUAUGAA